AUGGUCUCUUCCUCGGUGCCCUUGGAAAAUGGUAGACCUAUGCAACAGCGUGCGGCUGCUGCAGCGCAGGCACUCCUACCAGGAAGGACUAUCUCUCAACAAGAGAUACAAGCAAUGCUUGAGAAGAAUGAGGCAGCGCUCAAAGGCUGGACUGCGCUUCACAAGCAGCAACCUGCAAAGACGAGUCCAGUUGAACACAAGAAGUGGGUGCGAAGAUGUCUGACAUUUCGGCAACACGUUGGAGCUAGGCUCGAAGUGUUGGCUUCGCUGGCGGAUAAGCAAAUCGCUCAAGAAGAUGACAAGAAAUUAGGACAUCGAGUCUCUUUAAAUGCAGCAACGACUAGACAAGUCGGGAAGACUCAGGGUUCGAAUACUACGUUUUCUCAGCAGCAGUCAAUGCCUGAAUCGCAACAACCUUUUUUGUUACCGCAGGAUUCGGCAAUGGCAAGCAGCGUUCCACUUGCCAUGACAACAGCAACUUUAAUAGAGCCACCAACAGUGUUGACUUCAGUGUCAACAGCGAUGCCGAAUAUGGCGGCAGCAACAAUGUUCCCGGAACCCCCUUUGCCCACGGUGGGGCUUUCAUCAUCAAACCCCAACAUGUUUUUCCCAACAGAGCCAAUCCACCCGCUACAGACAUCGUCUGGUUUUGGACCAACCACCUCAAUAUCUGGCGCAGCAUCAACUGUAGACUACCCUAUGAGCUCUGGGGCUCAAACGUUUACGUCUAACACGUGCAUGACUGCAUUCAGUGAGCCCCUAAGCUCAUCAGCUUCAUAUAUGAAUCCACCAAAUUAUUUGAUGGGCGGCAGUAUGAUACCCUCCCAACAAUUCAUACCGAUGUCUAUGCCAAUAAAUUCGGCGGUGUCUGGAAGUGAAAAUCUAUUCGCUAAUAACAAUUAUAGCAUGGCGUCUGCAUCAAAUAGCGUCAACACUGAAAUUGGCAACAACAAUAGUAGCACAAACAACUUUGCAAUGAAUCCGUUCAUGACACCGUUUGGUUUCGGGCCUGAAGCAAGCUUCCAGUCAGCAGAGAUUUCCAUCGGCAACAUACCAAGCAUGUCCAUCGAGCAGCAGCAAGCUAUCAACUCUUUAAACGGAUGCAAUCUCGGAGCGCAAGGAGCCCCGAUGAUGCAAACUAGUUAUGAAUAUGGAGGCAUGUCACAGCCUUCAAAUAUUAUGCCACAAGCGAUGCCGGAUCAAGCGUUGCAGCCUACACCUCAUCCAUAUCACCAACAACGUCAGCUAUCCCAACAGCAUCACCCUGUGGGAUUUAUGAGUAUGACACCCGACUCAGCGAUAUACGGUGACUGUAACAAGAUUCUUGAUCGAUCAAUUUCGGCACUGAAGUCGUCGAAGCUGGCUCUGCGAGCAUUGAAACGCGAAGAUUGGAAUUUCUUGGAACAGAGUGAUGAUCGUGGUCCUGGUUCCGGUAGUGCUCUACAAAAGUUUCACUGUCUGAUCUUUGUACGCGAUGAAGAACGCACGGUUGAAACUGUAUGCGUCGCGCUACUUCUUGGUCUGACUGGUGACAAAUUGCUUACGCUAAUGAGCUUGUACGUGGAAUGCAUCCUUCCGAAAGUGCUUUCGAAAGAGCGCGAAUCAACGUCAACUGAUACGGCUGACAAAUUAAAAGCUCGAAAGAAUCGUGCUCCAGAAAGCAACGCAGAUCCUGAGUUGUCUGAAGCGGCUAUACUGUCUCUUGGAGAACACCCAGCAAUUUUGCAUGCUCAAGAUGAAUGUCGGAGUCUCAUGACGGGCAACGAUGUUUGCGUGCUUGAGGAUGAAACUGUUAAGGAAGAUGUCGUACAGGUGUUGGGCAAUGACGUUGAGCUUGUCUUUCCCGUUAGUAACAGCUUCCGUUAUCUCGUCAUGUUUAUUAAAAAUAUGGACCUUUUCUUCGAGUUCCAAGUCGAGAUUCUGGACGACGCGCACAAGUAUCGAAGUUUCACUGUGACCAAUACACGGUCACUAGCUCGGAUCGAAGGCUUGCGAUGCCAAUUACCGCUCGCGUUUGGAACACAUCCUAGUUGGCGCUACCUCUGCAUGGAUCUACAGGAUCUCACGAACCAAGCGUUCGGGACCCAACAUGUGACAACAACGAAGGUGCGUGUGGGUGGCAACUGUCGUCUUCUUCGCAUAUUUUUUCAAGAUGAGCGCUACGCUGAUGCCGAAUUACCCGCGCAUCUCACUUUUCUGGGUAGCUUUUAA